AUUGAUAAUAUCUCAUUCUUCAUCAUGAAGCUCCUGGUCCCAGCUUUUCUGUUUCUGGCUCUCGGUUAUCUAGCCACAGCUGAGGUUCUGCCACCACCUUUCCAAAAAUGCAGUAACUUCUUUCUCAAGAACCAACCACCUACUGGGCCAUUGGGUAAUCAGUACAUGGAGAUCUGCCAAAAGAGAGAUCCAGCAGCCGGUUAUGAAUUUGCAACGCUCUAUGACACCAACCUAAGGAUCCCCAUCUACUCUGCUUAUGAGUUUCAGUCUAAAGGCAGUUGUUCUAGGAACACACCAUGGUACAUUGAACCUCAGCUGGAUGACCCGACCAAAGGACCGGAGAUGAAUACUCAGGGCACAGUAACUAAACCCCCAAGAGGCGAUAACCAAGCUCUGAAUGAUGAUUAUGAUGGGAGCGGCUACCAUAGGGGACACCUGGUUCCAGUCUACCACCGAAAUGCCAAGCAAUGCAUAGAUGCCACAUUCACCCUCACAAAUGCUGCCCCACAGUACCCCAAAUUUAACUCAGGAGCUUGGAGGGUAGCAGAGGCAACUGUCGCAAAAAAAUUGGAUACUGAUUGCUUGAACCGUGGUUUUAAAGCUUAUAUUAUUACUGGUGUGGUGCCAGGAAAUAAUCCACCCAUUAAAGGGAGGGUUAAUAUUCCCGAUUAUUUCUGGAGCACCUACUGUUGCGUCGACAACAAUAACGUACCUAAAUUAUCUGGCGCCUUCUAUGGGAAGAAUGAUAUCACCAACAAAGUAACAACAACCACAGUAGCCAACCUAAAUGCUUGGCUCGGCUUUAGUGUGUUUGGUAAUAACUGUUGAUAAAUGUAGAUAUCCAUUAUUUACUACUAACAUCUGCCUCCCCAAAGCUAACCGCGGUAACUAUAGUUUGCUUGCUAAUUAUGCUAACGUUAAGUAGCAGUAAUAUUAAAGGACCAGUUUGUAGAAUUAGUGUAUAACCACCCAGAACAGACAAAUGAAACAUCUUUCAUGAAUUUGUUGGGCCACCGUAGGUUCUCUGACACACUUGGAGGGGUGGGGGGGUUCAGUUGGUUGCAAUCUGCAACUUCACCACUAGAUGCCACUAAAUCAUAAACACUGGUGCUUUAACAGAGAUUGUUACAAAAUAGGUAAACAGCAAUCCAGUAUGCAAACUCUGAAGUUGCAGUUUGUCUUGUAGCAUGUGUGUUAAUCAACUCAUAAUAUUGGUAAACAAUGUAUUUCUUUUAUCAGUACAUUUCUCUUCAUGCAUAAUCUCUUCUGUUGAUGUCCUUAUCAUUGUAACCCUGCUUCUGCACAGAAAAAAACAUCAAAAUG